AUGCCCCAUUCGCAUAAUGUUACAACUAUGAACAAGCUCACCAGCAAAGAGCUUGAUCAUCUGGUCACUCAUGAAGAUUCAAAAGGAACUGGGCUGGGUCAUUAUCUACCACUGAUCUUCAAAUCAUUUGCUCAACUAGACAAUGUUCCACUUGCAAGUGAGCUGAAAAUUAAGUUGGGAAAGCUGCGAUGUAGCAAAACAACGAAGGUUCACUUUCAAAACUUCAAAGACGAUGACAUGGUGCCCUUGUAUGAUAUCAAUUCGAAAUGCUGGAAUUGGGACUUCCCUUCAUCAGGGAUCACUCCAGCAGGAGCCCAGGAGACAAAUGAGUCUUCCUUUGGUCUUUAUCUCAAUGUUGUCUCAGAGGCCUUAUCGAUCGCGAAUCCCAACCUCAAACAACUUACUCAAGCAUCGCGUGUUUGGUACUCAGAAUUUGCAACCCACGCAGUUCCAACUCAAGAUAUCCAGCGAAAGCCUGACUCAGUCCUAUCCGACCAUGUCAUCCAGCUGGGCUGGAACAAUUUCAUGGUAUGCGCUGAACUCAUGUUCAGCGCUUACCAGCCUGCUGCACGUGUUGGCAGUUCCAUGGACACCAAAGCUUACCUAUUGUUUUGUGGACAGCCAUGGCGCCGUUUUGUACUGCUAUUGUCCUUUUGUAAUCGAUACCGCGACCUUCGCGUCCAUCUGUACGACCGUUCUGGGGGGCUGGUGUCCCCUGUGUUCAACAUCGACAACAAUCCAGAUAUAUAUUUACAAAUACUCGCUGGGAUCGUGUUUGGAGGUCCCCAGUGUCUUGGUUAUGAUUGUACUGUCGCCAUCAUGCAUGACAUUUCCAAAGACACCAGCUCGCUUGCACCUGGUCUCGCCGACGAAAGUGGCCCGUCCAGUAGCUCAAAUGACUCUGUUGCUGCCAGUGGAGGCACCAAUUCUUCUGGAGAAGUGACACAUUAUGAUCCUCCCACUGUCACAUCACAUGAGGGCACUCUGGUGGAAUUUUUUGAAGAUGGCCCAUCUGUUACAAGUAACAUCGGUCACGUGGCCCCCCUAUCAUUUUCCCCUCAUCCUCGCCCUCACCAUCUACCGGCUCAUCCUCCUUUACCGCCUUUCCGUUGA